AUGCAACACUCCCAGGUGUUAGGAAACCUGCGUGUACAGAGGCCCCAGGUCGUGCUGGAGCGCACUUGGUCAGCACCGAGGCUGCUGGGAGUGCACUGUCCCAGUAUAAACCCUGAAAUAGAACCGGAGCAGGACGUCCAUCCAGAAGAAAACUUCUGCACAGCAGUGGAUGGCACAUCUGCUGCCGUUGCUUUGGUUCUCUAUCUGGUCUUCAUGGCAGGGUCAGAAGGCAAGGCCCUGGCGAAGACAGAGGAAAAAGGCUUCCAGUGCCUGUGCAUAAGCACUCGUUCCAAGUUCAUCCCUCCCAAGGCUAUUCAGAACCCCAGAUUAAGCCAAAGAGGACCUCGCUGCAAAAAUGUGGACAUCACAGCUACGCUGAAAGGUGGCAGACGAGUGCGUGCGGAAGCCACCGCUCCCUGGGUCCGGCUCACCGUAAAGGCUAUUGUGGCCAGGUCCAGAGACAAUACUGAGUCACCAACCAAAGAAAAGUCCAGGAACAAUACACCUUGGAGUUUUUCAAGGAUAUGA